AGUUGCACGAAGUUUGAUCAUGCUGAGUGAGCCGACAAGAACGACGGCGAGUCGUAUGAUGUCUGCGCAAGAAUCGCAGGGUAGCGCUGCGCCAGUUUUCAAAAAGUAUCCGCUGCACUUGAGGAACGGCUACGACGAUGUGGAGGAGCGCGCACUUCGUCGACUAGAAACCAUUCGCGCAGACUUCGACAGGCGAUUUGCGGAGCAGCACCCAUCGGAGUAUAGACGAGUCGCGAUCGACCACGUUGGUUUUGAUUCCAACUCUGACAGUUGUGCUGGUCGACUGAGGACCGCGCUUGUAGAGCAGUUGCGAAUAGGAAGUCACCGCAGCACGAUCGCCAGCGUCCUUAGUGAUCAUGGCGACGAAUUUCGUGGUGGCACAAGGUCUGGGUACAAGUUCAACCGCAAGACCAACAAGGGCUGGAUGCGAAUGGAGGAGUUUCUUGAUUACCACGCGACCGAACUGGGGAUAACGUACAAGAAGGGCGUGGAGUGGAUCAACGUCUCGAAUCAGGAUACCGACGCGACCCGCGGCCAGGUGGACCGGAUCAACGUAAUCGAGCGCCUGAUUUCGUGCCCAGGGGACGGGGAGGGAACUGCUUGUCCCGUUUUGCGCGACGACCACGGGGUGUCAGACCAAGGUGUAGACGCGUUUCGUCUGCACCAGACAGAUGAAGCGUCGAUUAUUACGAGGCACCGCAUGCCCUUUUCGCCUGCAGGACUCUAUCAUGGUCAACUCAUGUCCACCCAGUUUCCACCUUCAGCAGUUUUAAAAUAAGAAAGUGAAAUGACUUUGAUGAUGAUGAUCUCGAUGUCCUGUUUCUCUGACCUGUCUCGGACUCGGUCUUCCUCUUUCUUGCGUAUUUUCGUAGCGUCACACAUGAAAGUGUUGUAGAAUACGUGACAUUUCCCUGCUUUAUUUUCUCUGAUCGAGAGAUUCCGCUUUCACGCGGUCGACACAUCAUCAUCAUCAUCUCGGAUUUGUCAAGCGACCUCACAAAUCUCUGUGCAUGAAGACGAAGACGCAACUUCUAUUUUUUGGGCAUUGAUGGGCUCCUUGUCGUGGUUCUUGGGCACUUGUUUUGAGAAUGAUUCAAUUGCCGACAGGGCUCCGCCUUCACCUCCAGAGGAUGAAACAAGUCUAGCUGUGCCCGUGCAAAAUAUGUGCCCCUCAGCAUGCGCUGGCGACCCGGGAGCUGAUGGCGACCAUUUAUCAGACGACAGGUAAGUACCCACGCACGAAUGCGAUCUGCAGUCGAGCGCAAGCGCUGUCAUGCCCCUCGUUCCAACUUUGAAUUUGAACUAGAAAUACAAUUUGAUUGUUGGCUACCACGUUGGUAGCAGCAAUUUGUUGCGGCGGAAGAGUCGGCAACAAUAAACAUGCUGCUAAGGGUAGUACUUACGUAGUAUGUGUUUGCGUGCGCGCUCGGUUUUCAAUAUUUGUAAAGUACUUCUAUUCGUACUUCGUCUUCGUGUGAUGCAGAUGCAGACACAAGAGAAGAGAAGCACAAGCAGAAGUAGGCACCGACCGCGUCAACAUAGACAGUCGUCGAGUAAUGUUUUAUGUAAAAACGCAUCGGAAUUAUUAUUAUAGAAGAUAUGGAACGCCUCACUGAGCUUGCCACUUCAACAGGUUUGCAGCGAUCAGUGGCAAAAGUAGAUGAUCAUGCAUUGCAAACCUCAAUGUCAAUGAUUUUUGAGGCAGAUCAUACUCAUAGGUAGGCAUCAAGAAGGUCAAGCGUCGCAGAGAAGGUAACAUUUGUUCAGCAGGUUGCUUAGCAUGCUGACUGCAGACAGCGCUGGUGUGUAUGUCUGCAUAUGCCCAUCGCGGUCGACGACGCUCGCAGUGCAGCCUGGCCACGUUUUAUCCGAGAAAAAAAAAUUUUAUGGCAGGAUGAUUAGCUAGUCAGAGUCAGACCUUGGCAUAUGAUAAUGAUAUAUUAUACAUAAGAGCAAUGAAUUUGAGUUCGAAUUGAAAUUUGAUCAUGCCGACAACCUUUUUUCUUGCACACUUUCUUCUCGCCGGAAUCUUUAUCGAGGCGGCCGAGCUACUAUGAGGGCGACGCCGAGGGCAUGGUGUUUCUAUCUGGUACCACGGUUGGACACCGCUGCGCACUUCUCUGUCUACUUGCAUGCAGCCAAACGCGUACACCACGGUUUUUUUCUUCGACAGUGGAUGUUUUGACUGCUUAUCGCGGAAAGGACAAACGUCGAUAGCUGCACGUCCGGUUUUACAGACGAACAAAGUCUGCAUUGGCAUGCAAGAUAUCAUAGCACCGGGAGCAGACUAUACUAUACAUACUUGUAUGCACUUCGCUGUCACCAAUUUCGAGAAACUUCCAUUUUCUUUCAUAACAUCGCGGACGCGCGGAGCAGCACCGACCCACUCCCCGAACGACGGGUAUCCGCACUGUCUGCCAUAGCCACCUCGUCAAUGUCACCGAACACUGCAGCAGGCGCAAUUGGUUCGCCGAAGCUUUUACAGCACGUGGUGGAUUCCACCCACCGUAUCUCAGGACAUCCUGAGUGUAAUUCUUCGUCCUCUUUCCCACCUGCUGAUGCUUCUGGUCUCGGUACCGGAUCGGGACGAGUAGAUGAUCCUGGUUCAAUCGCUUUACCACAGGAUGAAUUGACAACUGACAGUUGCUUGGGAACUGCAACUGUACGAAUGGAAAUACCGCGUGCAACGAUAACGACGAGGAGUGGUGCUCGCACUCAAACCCAUCUGUCUGAGUAUCAUGCCGAGCGCGGAGGUCUCGGGGCACGUGCGCGUCACCGCCUGGACAUUCUGACGAAACGGAUCUUGCUUUCCGCAAACGCGUUUGCCGACCGCCUUGAAACAGUGAAGCAGCGCACGAAGAGCCCCCGAGGCUCGCAAACGCCUAUUUGUGUUGCGGAUCAGCAGCACCUCGCCCCCACUGUUGAGGAGGCUCGCGACGCACUUCAUACGGCUUUAGCAGCGUUGGAUGAAACAGUCGCUGCGACGCUGCCCGUUUGUUCAGGAAGACUUUCUCCUGCGCCACACGAGAAGGCAGCUCGACAACGAGCGGAACUGGCCGCCACAGCAGCAACUGGAGAUCUUGUUCCUGCCGUUCGUGUACUAGCAUCUUCUGGUGCCACGGCCGAGGUAGGAACAGCAGUUCGUGGGGAUGAAGCCCAGAUAUCGACGCAAUAUGUACGAGCCGACGAACGAAGCAAGAGCACAGCAGCAUCCUCGUCCAGACCGGAUGGUGAUCUUUCGCCCCCAAGUCAAGUCUAUUCUGGCCCCGACGGCGAAGCAGUCCAGUUCGGCGAUUUUAUUUCAGAAUCUAAAGUUCAGACCGGGAUGUUGGGGUACCACGCCUCGCCUUUCCAUGUCGGCGCCGCGGAUCGCGACGACGGCGCGGAGCUGAAAAGCAGUUUUUACCACAAUCUGGAACUUGUCAGUGUUGCCGCACUACAACUUGGCCACAACUUGCACUGGGCGAGCCACUCCUGUGGCGUGCAUCGUACCGCGGAUAGCGGUAAGCUGUGGAGAGCUCUCGCGGAGGGUCACGCGCUUUUGCUCGAGUUGGAGAGUAGUCUUGCCCGAGCAGCUCCCACGACUUGCACUCAGGAAGGGAUACGAAAUGUGGCCUCACGGGGGCGUGGUGACCUCGAAAUACCACGCCACAGCGGAAACAGCAUGGGCGGCGCCGGUCCAACAUCCGCCAGGCGGUCGGCGAGAAGCAGCGCUUCCCGCGACUCAAGUAAUGGUGGUCACCCGAGUAGCUGCGAUGCUGCCGCCACCAUUGAUGAACCGCAGGGCAUCAUGUUCACGGAUCACACGGUAUUAAAUUAUCAGAUGCUCUUGCGCAGCCCGGCCGUCCGCCUGCUAAGGUUGGUGUGUCAUAGAUUUGGAUAUUUGAAGGCGGAGGCGCGAGACUUUGUGGCCUGACCGGUUUUUGCUCGUCGAUGAACAUGACGAGGAGUUAGAGAUACUUAUAGAUUAAAUGCUCAAUCACAUCAGUCGUCGAGGGAACACAUAUACUGACUGCAUCUGGAGACCAAGGGAAAAAUUAAAGUUGGGAACAUGUUGAGUAAGUAUCAAUACAAAUUUGUUCAGCUGCGGCAGGGUCCGGCUGUUCGUUAUAUCUGUUCUUCCAAAACAAAGACAAACACAAAGACAAUUAUUUACAUUCCCCGCCGCUUGAGUGUCUGGAACCCC